AUGUUCAAGUGGUUGGUGUGCAAAAUAAAUGCUAUGAAGUGCCCUGCGACUGAUCCUCUCUCUCUUCCACAUGAGUGGUACCACCCAGGAGACCUCCUUAUUGGUGGGAUUUCAUCUCAGAUCAUUUAUGUUUUCAGCCCAGUUUCCUUCAAGGUUCACCCUUCAAAAGAGCUGGAAUCGGAUGUCCCAGUUGUGGUGACAAAGUUCUACCAGCAUGCCCUUGCCUUGGCAUUUGCUGUGAAAGAGAUUAAUGAGAAUCCCAAAAUCUUGCCCAAUGUUACCCUUGGUUUCCACAUCUGUGACAGUUACUAUGAUGCACAAAGGACUUAUCGUACCACUCUGGACCUGCUUUUCAAAUCACACAGAUUUGUCCCCAACUACAAAUGUGACAGCCAGAAAAAUCUCAGAGCUGUCAUAGGGGGUCUUGGCUCUGAUAUAUCAUACCAAAUGGCAGACAUCUUGGAUAUCUAUAAGAUUCCACAGCUCCACCUGACUCUUCAAAACAUUACAUUUAACAACUCAGCUGGAGAAACGAUGUCUUUUAAUGAUAAAAAGGAAAUGGGAGGUGGAUUUGACAUCAUGAAUAUGAUCACUUUCCCAAACAACUCCUUCCAGAGAGUGAAAGUCGGAACGGUGGAGCCCAGUGCUCCUGAAGGGAAAGAACUCAUAAUUGAUGAGGAUUUAAUUGUGUGGCCAAGAUGUUUUAAUGAGAUGCCACCCCUUUCUGUGUGCAGUAAUUCUUGCCACCCUGGUUAUCAGAAGAAAAAGAGAGAACUGGAUAAAUUUUGCUGCUAUGAUUGUGUCCCAUGUCCAGAAGGAAAGAUUUCAAUCCAGGAGGACAUCGUUGACUGUCUCAACUGCCCAGGAGAUCAAUAUCCAAGCAAGGACCAUGAUCGAUGUAUUCCCAAGACAUUAAGCUUUCUUUCUUAUGAAGACCCUUUAGGGAUCAGCUUAGCCUCCACUGCUGUUUCUCUUUCCCUCGUUACAGCUUUGGUGCUAAGAACUUUUAUUAUGCACAAAGACACCCCCAUCGUCAAAGCCAACAACCGGGACCUCACCUACACUCUCCUCAUCUCUCUUCUGCUCUGCUUCCUCUCUUCUUUGCUAUUCCUUGGACGGCCUGGGAAAGUGACCUGCCUUCUCCGACAACCAACUUUUGGCAUCAUCUUCUCAGUGGCAGUUUCUUGUGUGUUGGCCAAAACCAUCACUGUGGUUGUUGCUUUCAUGGCCACCAAACCAGGGUCCAGCAUGAGGAAGUGGGUAGGGAAAAGACUGGCCAACUCCAUUGUCUUUUCCUGCUCCCACAUUCAAGCAGGUAUCUGUGCAGUGUGGUUGGCAACAUCUCCCCCAUUCCCAGAUUUAGACAUGCAGUCACUGACUCAAGAGAUCAUAUCAAAAUGUAAUGAAGGGUCUGUCAUCAUGUUUUAUCUUGUCCUGGGCUACAUGGGAUUUCUGGCUACUAUCAGCUUCACUAUGGCUUUCCUGGCCAGGAAGUUGCCAGACACGUUUAAUGAAGCCAAGUUCAUUACCUUCAGCAUGUUGAUGUUUUGCAGUGUUUGGUUGUCCUUUGUCCCAACCUACUUAAGCACCAAGGGGAAAUACAUGGUGGCUGUGGAGAUCUUCUCCAUCUUGGCCUCAAGUGCUGGGCUACUGGGUUGUAUCUUUUCUCCAAAAUGUUACAUUAUUUUGCUGAGGCCAGAGUUGAACAACAAGGAACAACUAAUAUGGAGAAAACAUUAA